GGGCGGGUCCGAGUGGCGCUGAGGGUCCGGCGGAGGGGGAGGCGGCCGGGGCUGGACCCGCCCCCCGCCGCCCCCUCGGCCUCCGCCUCCGCUCCGCUGCCGCCGCCUCUUCCGCGCAAGAUGCCCCGCCGGAAGCAGAGGCACCCGCAACCCGUCAAAGUGGAGGCUCCCGUGGCGGGGAGCGUGGCAGAGGCCCCGGCGGAGGCAGCGGAGCAGGAAGAGAGCCCGGAGCCGCGGGGCUGCUUCCCCCCGAAGGCCGACUCAGAGCCGGAGGAGGAAGAGGAAGAGGAAGAAGGCGGCGAGGGGGGCGCUGCCCGGAUCCUGGCCUUCGAGAAGGACGUGGAAGGCUGCCUCCGUGGGACCCCCCGGCUGCCCUAUGGACUCAGUGGAGAUGAGGAAGAGGCGGCGGCAGCGGAGGAGGAAGCCUUCCCGGCGCUCUGUCAGCCGCAGGAGGCAGGAGGGCCGGGAGCAGGACCAGGAGUGGCCAUUCUGGGCGGCCAGGGGUCCGGCCAGCCUUGCCAGCACUGUGGCCUGGAGGGUCCCGGCCCCCCUGGCCUCUGCUGCCCCCCGGAGCUGGGGGGAGAGGGGGAGGAAGGGGCCCUCCUGCGCGGGGGCCGGGUGGUCUUCUCCUGCCAACUGUGCCCCUUCGCCUCCCACUACUCCAGCCACCUGAAGCGGCACAUGAAGACCCACAACGGGGAGAAGCCCUACCGCUGCCCACACUGCCCCUACGCCUCGGCCCAGCUGGUUAACCUGACGCGGCACUUGCGCACCCACACCGGGGAGAAGCCCUACCGCUGUCCCUCCUGUCCCUUCGCCUGCAGCAGCCUGGGCAACCUCAAGAGGCACCAGCGGGUCCAUGGCCAGGAGCGGCCCCUGCGCUGCGCCACCUGCAACUGCCACUGCCUCCGGGCCGGACCCCUUCCAAUCCCUGGCACUGUGGGGGUUGCGCAGGGGCAGAUGGCAGAGUCUGAGGCGCAGGGGCCGCCCCUGGCGGAGCAGGAUACAGAAGUGGCGCCACCUCUGCUUCCUCCGCACCCGCCUCCACCGCUGCUGCCUGGCUCUCCGUUCCUGCGGCCCGAAGACACUGUUGCAGCCGCCGCCGCCUCCGUGCUGCCAGAACUGCUCUUCCCAUUCACCUGCCGCGCCUGCGGGCUGGCGCUGGAGGCGGAUGAGGGCCUGGUGGAGCCCGUGUGUAGACGCUGCAGCUUGUCAGUGCUGGGGGCCUCCCCUGCCUCCCCCAAGGGCUUUGGGUGCCAGCUGUGCCCCUUUGUCACCACUUAUCCCAACCAUCUGGCGCGCCACAUGAAGACGCACAGCGGGGAGAAGCCUUUCGCCUGCGCCCUCUGCCCUUACGCCUCGGCACACUUGGACAACCUCAAACGCCAUCAGCGGGUGCACACCGGUGAAAAGCCCUACAAGUGCCCGCUGUGCCCUUAUGCCUGCGGCAACCUGGCCAACCUGAAGCGCCACGGCCGCAUCCAUUCGGGGGACAAGCCCUUCCGGUGCCGCCUCUGCUCCUACUCCUGCAACCAGAGCAUGAACCUUAAGCGCCACAUGUUACGACACACUGGUGAGAAGCCCUUCCAGUGCCGCAUCUGCCCUUACACCACCGGCCACUGGGACAACUACAAGCGCCAUCAGAAGGUGCACGGUCAAGGGGGGCUGGCAGUGGCUGAGCCUGGGCCGGAGCGCAGCCGGCCCUAGCCGGGGCAGAGACACCCCAGGACAUCUAUGGCCUUUGAACUCUGGCGGGAGGAAGGAGAGUGAGACUGGACUUUGGAAGCAGCUGCGGUGGGGGGAGAAGAGAAGGUGCUGCUGUCGAGGAUUGGGUCCCUUUGCAAACCACGUGGUUUCCCUGCCUGCCGUGGGGGCGCUGGGUGCUCCCCCUGGCCAUCUUUAACUGUGGUUGCUGCUUCAGUCUGUGUAAUUUAUAUGGUGUAUUCAUGCAUUAAACUGUUUUCUUAUCUUG